GGUAGUGUAAUAAUAUAUAAGUAAGUAAAUUAAAUUGAUAACAAGAAAAGAUUUUGUUGGAGGUAGGGAAUUAUUAGUCUUGUCACGCUCGUUGGCCGUCGACCUCAUCUGAGCUGAGCUGCUUGUCCUUUUAUUUCUUCUUCUUCUUCUUCUUCUUCUUCUUCUAUUCUUCUUCUUCUUCACAGCAUAUAUAAGAGAAGAGAAGAGCAGAGCAUAGCACAGAAGCAAGCAAGCAAGGAAGGAAGGAAGAAGGCUGCCGUUCCCACGCCGGCUGCCGUCACAUUCCCCGUCUGUCGCUCUUCCUUCUUCCUCCCGUGGCUGGCUGUAUGUAUGGUAGGUAGCAAAGGGCACCACUAGUACGUAUCGUAUGAGAGCAUGGCAGCCCCUGCUGCUUCCAGCAACCACCUUCUUCAGGCAGCAACAGCAGACCAAAACUACCACCCCAACGCUGCUCCUGCUCCCAGCUUCUUCAGAGCAAACUCAACAGCAGCAGCAGCAGCAGCAGCAGCAGCAGGCCUCAGCGUCAGAGGAGAGAUGACGCUACCCAAUGGCGACGUCUACUCCGGCACGCUAUCAUCAUCAUCAUCACAUUCGCGGCAGGUGCCCGAGGGCACGGGCCGCUACGUCUGGGCCGGCGGCAGCUGCUGCGUGUACGAGGGCGGCUGGAAGAGAGGCGCGAGGCACGGCCACGGCAGAACCCUCUGGCCCUCCGGCGCCGUCUACGAGGGCGACUACUCCGCCGGGUUCAUGGACGGCGAGGGGACCUACGUCGCCGGCCCCUGCACCAGCACCACCUCCUCUUCAUCAUCAUCAUCCUACAAGGGGCAGUGGAAGCUGGACCGCAAGCACGGCCACGGGCGCCAGACCUACCCCAACGGGGACACAUUCGAGGGCUCCUGGGUGCAGGGCCAGAUGGAGGGCCAUGGCAGGUACACCUGGGCCGACGGCAACAGCUACGUCGGCACCAUGAGGAACGGCACCAUGUUCGGCAAAGGGGUGCUCACAUGGAGCGCCACCGGGGACUCUUUUCAGGGGAACUGGCUCGACGGCGCCAUGCACGGCUACGGGCUCUACACCUGGGAGGACGGCGGGUGCUACCUCGGGACGUGGACCAGAGGAUUCAAGGAUGGAAAGGGCACAUUCUAUCCUAAGAGUUGCAGGGUUCCUGCUGCUCACCAGCUCUACAUCGACGAUCUGAGGAACAGGGGCGUGCUGCCCGAUGACAUCUCAACAAAUGUCCUUCAGCAGCAGCGCACCUCCUCUUCUUCCUUUGACACGAAUCAAGAGCCUGCUGCUGCACCAGCAGAUCUUAAGAAGUCCUGGAGAAACCUGAGCUUCGAGCGGCCUCCGGUAAAGAAGCCGUCUCUGCAGAGGCGCUGGAGCAUCGGAGUGGCCAUCGACAAGAUCAUCGGCGCUCAUGAGCCAAGUGGUGCAGGUUCUGAACCACAAACACAACAAGGGUCUGACCAAAACAUGGCUGGUUGUUCUAGCCUGCCGAUACUCGAAAGGGAGUAUGCGCAGGGCGUUCUCAUCAGCGAGGUCGUGCUGAACAAGAGCUGCCUGGAAGAUUCAUCCAAGAAACUGAGCCGUCGACAGAGCAGGGCGGCAAAGGAUGUCAAAAGGCCCGGGGAGAUGAUAAUCAAAGGACACAGGAGCUAUGACCUGAUGCUCUGCCUACAGCUUGGAAUCAGGUACACGGUCGGAAAGAUUACUCCGAUUCAGAGGCGUGAGGUGCAAGCCUCCGAUUUCGGCCCCAAGGCUAGCUUCUGGAUGAACUUCCCCACAAAAGGAACACGGCUUACUCCCGCACACCGUGCUGUCGAUUUUAAGUGGAAGGAUUACUGUCCAGUGGUCUUCAGAAAUUUGAGGGAGAUGUUCAAGCUUGAUACAGCAGAUUACAUGAUUUCCAUUUCUGGAAGUGAUGCACUUAGGGAGUUGUCUUCUCCUGGAAAGAGUGGAAGUAUGUUUUUCUUAUCGCAAGAUGACCGCUUCAUGAUCAAGACUCUUCGGAAAUCUGAAGUGCAGGUCCUUUUGCGUAUGCUUCGAGACUAUUACCGCCAUGUCCAUACUUAUGAUAACACACUCGUGACUAAAUUUUUUGGCCUCCACCGGGUGAAACCUUCCAGCGGGCAAAAGUUUAGAUUUGUAGUGAUGGGCAACAUGUUCUGCACAGAACUUAGAAUCCAUCAAAGAUUCGAUUUGAAAGGUUCAUCCUUAGGCAGAUCUACCGACAAGGUUAAAAUCGACGAGAACACGACGCUGAAAGACUUGGAUCUGAACUACUCAUUCUAUCUCGAGCCUUCUUGGCGGGAUGCUUUGCUCAAGCAGAUUGAGAUCGACAGCGAGUUUCUGAAGAAUCAGGGCAUAAUGGACUACAGCUUGCUUCUUGGCUUCCAUUACCGGGCUCGUCAAAGCCUUGUAAGAGGAGGGUCGUUGCCUGAAACCAUUUUGCAAGAUAAUAAACUAGCCGUUCUUUCGGAACAAGAUGCCAUGGAGGAUGAUUCUGCCUAUAACGACUACCGCGAAGGGCUGGUUUUGGUGCAGCGAGGCAGCAACCAAGAAGGUAAAGUCGCUGUCGGCCCUCACAUAAGAGGGAGCCGCCUGCGAUCGUCGUCCGCUUGUUACGAGGAAGUGGAUCUCCUGCUUCCAGGCACAGCAAGGCUUCAGAUCCAGCUAGGGGUGAACAUGCCGGCAAGAGCAGAGAAACAAGAGAAACAAGAGAAAGACGGCGGAAAAUCGCUCCGUCAGGUUUAUGAUGUGGUGCUCUACAUAGGGAUCAUCGACAUCCUGCAGGAGUACAGCAUGAGGAAGAAGGUCGAGCACGCCUACAAGUCCGUCAAGUAUAACCCCCUGUCGAUAUCGGUCGUGGAGCCCCGGUUCUACUCGGAGCGCUUCCUCAACUUCAUCCGCACCGUCUUCCCGGAAAACGCACCCAACCAAUAAUUCAUUCAUCUUUCCUUCCUUGUCCCCAGCAAGAAAAAAUGUAACAAAAAGAUCAAAAGGAAAUGUGUUCUGCUUGCUACAUUGCCGUUCAUGUGUGUGGUUUGAGAUGGUUGGAAGCGAAAGCAAUGUGUGUAUUUUGUCAAAAAGAAGCAUUGACAAAACA